AUGCGUCGCGCCGAUGCCGCCAACAUCGGCGACACGAUCAACGGCUCCAAACUACGCGCCAGUCGCGUCCGUCGCCAGCGCGACCGCGACCUGAGUCGAGAUGAAGACGAGAUGACGCAGCGCUUCGGCCGCAGUGCGAGUCUCUCGCUCGCAGCGCCCGUGUUCGUACCGGCCGCUCAGCGUGCGCGGCGGCCACCGGCCACAGCUGCUGCGCCCAAGCGCUCCAUGGCGUUCGUGACGGACCGACGCGGUCUGAGCGCACGCAGCGCAACGUCAUCGACUACUGCUGCGUCCGUCCGCGCACCUGCUCAGCGCGCGAGAUGGUCAGCUACAGCGACCGCCGCUGACAAACUCCACAAGAACGCGGCAGCGAGGAAGACCCAACAGCAGCAGCAGCAGCAGACGAGAACCCGACCAGGCAGUGUCUCCAGUGCGUCGGGUAACAGCAGACGGCAGCGCAUGGGCAGCAAAGGGCUCGUGCAGCAGCAGCCGUCCGUCAAGUCGAAGGCCGUGUCGCUGCGUGAGCAGCACCGACGCAAACUGUCGCUCACGUCGACGGACCUGCAGUUACCGGACGCGCCGCUGGACCAGAACGUCGAGACGGCUCCUGCUACGACGCUGUUGGAUGUCCAGGACGCAGUGGACGUGUAUCCCGAGCCGGCUGCAAGUGCUUUUCCGCAGCAGCUGACGCUGUUUAGUCAGCAGAAGCGUCUGCCGCAGCGCGUCGCAAGUCGCGAUGACGUUAUUGACACGAUCUUCGAGGCGUUGUUCUCUCGCCGGGAACGAGGCCGGCGCAGUCGUCCGCGGCAAGCGCUCUGUGCCUUUGGAGACGAAGGGACCGACACGGACGAACCCAACGAAGAGCUUGUCAAGCAAGGCCUGGCGACCGCGCUGUUCAAAAGCCAGCUCCAUCUGCACGUGCCGUCCUCGCUCCCGACUGCAGCGUCUCCAGCAGCUGCGGCCGAUAGCCUCCUUACGCCCACGUUCUUGCACGCGCUGGUCAACGCGCUGCGCUUUGAGGACUUUCGCGUUGCCAGUGUGCGACUUGAUAUACUGCGCGCGAUCCACAAGAGCUGUCCGACCAAGAGACCACACCUCGUGCGAGCACUAGCGGAUGCAACAGCGCUGCGUGUAGAGCACGUGGCUGCAGUUGCCGCGCGGGCCGAGGUGCUGGGUGUCGAGAAGACAUCGGCGCGACUCACCACCGACAAGCACGACCACGGACACGGGUUCACCGAGUUGCUGCGGUACUCGAUCGAGCAUGUCGAGGAGAGUUUGCAAGCGACGUCGUCGUCGUCAUCGUCGCUGGCACAGGACAGCGAUGCGGCGGCACAGGAGCAGGAGACGUUGCGGGCGGAACUUGUGCGCAACUGCAUGCUCAGCCUCGUGUCGCUCUGGCGCGCCCACUGGGUCGAUCCCGCUGGAUCCGAUGACGAAGAACUGAUCAGUUGUGCGGGUCAGUUCGUCGCGUACAUGCCAUCGGUCACAGGUCUCCUGCUCAAGCGGUUGCUGAGUGCGUGGCCUACUCGCUUUCCCAAAGAAGAGGUCGGGGCCACGCGCAUGGUCGCCCGCGUCAUCAUGUCGGGUCCGCCACUCCAGCAAGUGGACCCCACGCACUCGCUGCAGCGUCGUGUCUUCACGCGCCUGGCGCGCGCUUUGCAGAGCCCAAAGGUCGAUGUGGCCAUGGAGGCGCUGGCGUUUGUCAGCUGCAAUUUCGUCCUCGUGCACUUCUUGGGGCGGGACGAGGCUAUUUACAAGACAAUCACCGGGGCGCUGCAUGCGAACGUCGAGGGCCAUUGGCACGACGGCGUGCGCAAGGCGUCCGAGACGCACUUCGACAGCGCCCUCGACUUUGCACCUGUAGGGAUCUGCACCUCGUGA